AUGCCCGCCCCCGGCCCCAGCGCCUUCAUCCCGGUGUGCACCGCCGCGUGCCUCCUGCUCGGCUCGACCUCCAUGUUCUUCGUCUUCACUUUUUUCUUUCUUUGUGUGUGUAUAUUCAGAUGCCCGUGGCUGGCUUUUACCAUCUGCCCUGCUGUGCCACCAUGCUGCGCCAUCCUUUUCCUGUUUGUGCUCGCCAACUUCACCAUGGCAACGUUUAUGGAUGCCGGGGUGCUUCCUGUGGCAGGAGAGGAUGAAGAUAAGGACGAUGAAUUCCGCGCGCCGCUGUACAAGAACGUGGAGGUGAAGGGCGUCCAGGUGCGGAUGAAGUGGUGUGCGUCGUGCCAUUUCUACAGACCCCCACGCUGCUCCCACUGCAGCGUCUGCGAUCACUGUGUGGAGGACUUUGACCAUCACUGUCCGUGGGUGAACAACUGCAUCGGGAGGCGGAACUAUCGCUACUUCUUCCUGUUUCUGUUGUCGCUCACCAUUCACAUGAUUGGCGUGUUCUCCUUGGGCCUCAUGUACGUCCUGCACCACAUGGAUGACCUGUGGCGCCUGCACUGCCUCGUCACUUUGGUGGUGAUCAGUAUAUCUGGGUUGUUUCUUAUCCCUGUUCUGGGUCUCACUGGGUUCCACUUGUACCUGGUGUCCAGAGGCCGCACCACCAACGAACAAGUGACUGGGAAGUUUCAAGGAGGAGUUAACCCUUUCACACGAGGUUGUUGUAAAAACAUGGAGUAUCUGGUUUGCAGCCCCAUUUCACCAAAUUACACAGAAAGGUCCUUCAAGAAAACAGUCGUUCGUGUUCAGCCUCCGUUCCUGAGGCCAGAGCUCGACCGACAGAUGGCAGCGAAAGUCGGGGACAACGGGUUACAAAGUCUAGCCCUACAAAAUAAACAAUGCUCAGCUGGAGUUGUGGAGCUGUCGGACAUCAAACAGCUGAAAACUCCACCACCACUGCCUCCAAAACCAGACCGCAGUCUGUUGAAAAGCCACGCUGCUCUCAUGGAUGAUGGGGGACAUCACACCAAAUCCAUCCUUCCUGUGUCUAUUCCCACUGUGCCACAGCUGCGGCCAGUCCUGGAGGCCAUAUCCAGAGGAUCAUCACCCAUUCCCCCGCAGCAGUUGCUGAAGACAUCUGACCAGUUGGGCAACAACAGAGGUCCUGACGUCUUCUCUGAGUCUAAAGAAAGCCCUGUGAAAGGCAGCCUGCCUGUCCAGCCUUCCCUCCAGCCCUGCACCGUCUCUAGCUCCUUACAGCUCAACUCUCUGCCACUCAACUCCCGUUCGCUUGCUUUAAAACACAGCAGUCGCCAUGGCAGCAAAUCCCAGCUGCUCGCGAUGCACACUGAUGGGUUGGGGUCUAAUCCUCCUACAGGGAUCAUCUCUGCUUCCAGUCUGCUGGUCAACCAGUGCAGCAGCAGUGUCAGCCCCUCUUAUGAUAACCUCAGCAACCCUGCAGAUCCUCAGUUCUUGGCCCAAAGAGGGGCCCCGUCAAUGAGCUACCACUCCCACUUCAUGUCACUAGGCACAGAUGGGACCGUGCAGCGUCUGCUCCCCCACAACUACAGCCCCGUGUUCAUGGGGGUCACCAGACAAUCCCCUCAGCCUCGAGACUCCUCUCCGUCCUUGCAGGGUCUGCCUUCGAGGGACCCCUCACCCUCUUACCAAGGUUUCAUUCAGAGAGACUCUUCUCCUGCUUUUCAAGGGCUGAUUCCACGAGACCUCCAAACCCAAAGCGUAACGUCGCGAGACGUCCCCCCUCCCUGUGCGGCGAAGCGAGAAACAACUUCUCAAAGUCUUCAAGACAGCCUACGGGAUCUAAUCCAGCACGACCUGACACUUCCAAAGUCUGCGGCGGCUCGAUACGACAACUUUUCCAAAACCAUCAUGGCUUCCAUCUACGAGAGACGGGAGCUGGAGGAGAGGGAGAGGAUGCUCCACGUCCAAGCCAGGUCUCAGGCUCUAUAUGGUCCAGAUAUGGGGAUCUACGACAUUCCUAGCAGGAGGAGUCUACCUCCAGACAACAUUCGACCUCCAGGUUCGCGUGGACCAACUCCUCCAGUGUAUGGUUCCAGAGAGUUCCUGAUGAGUACUGGAAUUCUGGGCUAUGGCAUGAGGACCUCGCCUCUCUCCACCUCCUCCACGUCAUCUUUGACUCGUGGCCCCAGAACCUCCAGCUCCCCUCUGCAGAGCAGCAGCAGCAGCCUGCAAAGCAAGGGCAGGUCCUCAUCUCCGGCCCACUGUCCUCCCGAGAGGCAGACCCAGGGCCACUCUUCCUCCACAUCCACCCUGCCACGUUUACCAUCUAACACCUAUCCCACACCCCCAUACACUUCUUACCCCACAGCAAAGCGCUCCUCGCUCCCUUUCUCCUCUGAAGGUAAGGAGUCAGUCACUCUGGGGACCCUGAAAUAAAAAUAUUUCACGUUCCUGACAGUGAGAGUGAAUCAUCUAUGCAGUGUUAGUGUCGGUCUUCACAGCUCCUGAAUCUUUUGUAAAUAAGAGGCCGUAGGAGGACACAUGGGAGACAAAAUACGCACUAAAGAAUGUUCUUCCAAAUAAAAAAACCCUGUAAAUCUCAGGAUAUGUUCCCCUGUCUUACAGAACGAGGGAGCACCUUUGACUUACUGUUAAAGAGCUAAACACAGAAUUAAAAGGUUUUCUGUUUGCUUGUGUUUUGAUUUUGUGAAAACGUUGUAAU